CGCCCCGCAUCGCUCGCCCGCUCCGGCUGCCGCCCUGACGGCCGCUCCCGCCUGGAGGUGAAGCCGGGAUCCGCGGAGGGGGCGGCGAGGUCGGCGGCGGGUCUCGCCCGGUGGAGCCACCGCCGCCGGCACACGCAGCAGCAGCAGCAGCCAUGAGCAGCGCCGCUACCGCCACCUCCGCCGCCACCACGGCCGGCAGCGGCGCGGGGGAAGGGGCAGAGGAGGCGGCCAAGGACUCGGCGGACAUCGCGGCGUUCUUCCGAUCCGGGUUUCGCAAAAAUGAUGAAAUGAAGGCUAUGGAAGUAUUGCCAAUUUUAAAGGAAAAGGUUGCAUACCUUUCAGGUGGCAGAGAUAAGCGUGGAGGUCCCAUUCUAACAUUUCCAGCUCGUAGUAAUCAUGACAGAAUACGGCAAGAAGACCUUAGAAGACUAAUUUCAUAUCUAGCAUGUAUUCCUAGUGAGGAAGUAUGUAAACGAGGAUUCACCGUCAUUGUAGAUAUGCGUGGGUCAAAAUGGGAUUCCAUAAAGCCUCUGCUGAAGAUUUUACAGGAAUCUUUUCCAUGUUGUAUUCAUGUUGCACUGAUAAUCAAGCCAGACAAUUUCUGGCAGAAACAAAGAACUAACUUUGGCAGCUCUAAGUUCGAGUUUGAGACAAAUAUGGUGUCUCUGGAAGGCCUUACCAAAGUAGUUGAUCCUUCUCAGCUAACCCCAGAAUUUGAUGGCUGUUUGGAGUACAACCAUGAGGAGUGGAUAGAAAUCAGAGUUGCCUUUGAGGACUACAUUAGCAAUGCAACCCACAUGCUGUCCAGACUGGAGGAACUGCAAGAUAUAUUGUCAAAAAAGGAAAUGCCUCAGGACCUGGAAGGUGCUCGCAAUAUGAUAGAGGAGCAUUCACAAUUAAAAAAGAAAGUCAUUAAGGCCCCUAUCGAGGACCUUGAUGUGGAAGGACAAAAGCUGCUCCAGCGGAUACAAAGCAGUGAUAGCUUUCCCAAAAAGAACUCUGGGUCAGGGAAUGCAGACUUACAGAACCUUUUACCCAAAGUGUCCACCAUGCUGGACAGGCUGCACUCAACACGGCAGCAUCUGCAUCAGAUGUGGCAUGUGCGGAAAUUGAAAUUGGACCAAUGCUUUCAGCUCAGGCUGUUUGAGCAGGAUGCUGAAAAGAUGUUUGACUGGAUCACACACAACAAAGGUCUGUUUCUGAACAGCUACACAGAGAUUGGAACCAGUCACCCCCACGCAAUGGAACUUCAGACACAGCACAAUCACUUCGCCAUGAACUGCAUGAAUGUGUAUGUUAACAUAAGCCGCAUCAUGUCAGUAGCAAGCCGCCUGAUCGAGUCUGGUCAUUACGCUUCACAGCAAAUCAAACAGAUUGCCAGUCAGUUGGAACAGGAAUGGAAGGCAUUUGCUGCAGCCUUGGAAGAACGUAGCACGUUACUGGACAUGUCCUCCAUCUUUCAUCAAAAAGCUGAACAGUACAUGAGCAAUGUGGACUCAUGGUGUAAAGCCUGUGGUGAGGUGGAGCUUCCCUCAGAACUGCAAGAUUUAGAAGAUGCUAUCCAUCAUCAUCAAGGGAUAUAUGAGCACAUUACUUUGGCUUACUCAGAGGUGAGCCAAGAUGGGAAGUCACUCCUUGAUAAACUUCAGAGACCUUUGACUCCCGGGAGUUCUGAUUCCCUCACUGCAUCUGCCAACUACUCAAAAGCAGUUCAUCAUGUCCUGGAUGUCAUCCAUGAAGUAUUGCAUCAUCAGCGCCAACUGGAAAAUAUCUGGCAGCAUCGAAAGGUCCGCUUGCACCAGCGGCUUCAGCUCUGUGUUUUUCAGCAGGAUGUUCAACAGGUGUUGGAUUGGAUUGAAAACCAUGGAGAAGCUUUUCUCAGCAAACACACUGGAGUGGGAAAAUCCCUGCAUCGGGCCAGAGCUUUGCAGAAACGCCAUGAAGACUUCGAAGAGGUUGCUCAGAACACGUAUACGAAUGCAGAUAAGCUCCUAGAAGCAGCAGAGCAGCUUGCUCAGACUGGGGAGUGUGACCCGGAGGAGAUUUAUCAAGCUGCCCAUCAGCUCGAAGACCGGAUACAGGACUUUGUCAGGCGCGUGGAGCAGCGCAAGAUCCUGCUGGACAUGUCUGUGUCCUUUCACACUCAUGUUAAAGAGCUGUGGACGUGGCUUGAAGAGCUACAGAAAGAACUGCUUGAUGAUGUCUAUGCUGAGUCUGUGGAGGCUGUCCAAGACCUGAUUAAACGUUUUGGUCAACAACAACAGACCACUCUGCAGGUUACAGUCAAUGUCAUAAAAGAAGGUGAAGAUCUCAUACAGCAACUAAGAGAUUCUGCCAUUUCUAGUAACAAGACCCCCCACAACAGCUCGAUCAACCACAUAGAGACAGUCCUGCAGCAGCUGGAUGAGGCCCAGUCUCAGAUGGAGGAGCUUUUCCAAGAACGCAAGAUCAAACUUGAGCUGUUUCUGCAGCUCCGCAUAUUUGAAAGAGAUGCAAUAGAUAUUAUUUCAGACCUUGAGUCUUGGAAUGAUGAGCUCUCUCAGCAGAUGAAUGACUUUGACACUGAAGAUCUUACAAUAGCAGAACAGAGGCUCCAGCAUCAUGCAGACAAAGCCCUGACCAUGAAUAACUUGACCUUUGAUGUCAUCCACCAAGGGCAGGAUCUGCUGCAGUAUGUCAAUGAAGUGCAGGCAUCUGGUGUGGAGCUGCUUUGCGACAGGGACGUGGACAUGGCCACCCGCGUGCAGGACCUGCUGGAGUUCCUGCACGAGAAGCAGCAGGAGCUGGACGUGGCGGCGGAGCAGCACCGCAAGCACCUGGAGCAGUGCGUGCAGCUGCGCCACCUGCAGGCAGAGGUCAAGCAGGUUUUGGGCUGGAUUCGAAAUGGAGAGUCAAUGUUAAAUGCUGGGCUCAUCACUGCUAGCUCUUUGCAGGAGGCAGAACAGUUACAGAGGGAGCAUGAGCAGUUUCAACACGCAAUAGAGAAAACACAUCAAAGUGCCCUGCAGGUUCAGCAAAAGGCAGAGGCAAUGCUGCAGGCUAAUCACUACGAUAUGGACAUGAUCCGGGAGUGUGCAGAGAAGGUUGCUUCGCACUGGCAACAGCUGAUGCUGAAGAUGGAGGAUCGUCUCAAGCUUGUGAAUGCCUCUGUUGCCUUCUAUAAAACUUCUGAACAGGUGUGCAGUGUGCUGGAAAGCCUGGAACAAGAAUAUAAGCGAGAAGAAGAUUGGUGUGGGGGAGCUGACAAACUGGGCCCCAACUCUGAAACAGAUCACGUUACUCCCAUGAUAAGCAAACACCUGGAGCAGAAGGAAGCAUUUCUGAAGGCCUGCACACUGGCUCGGAGGAAUGCUGAUGUCUUCCUGAAAUACCUGCACAGGAACAGUGUCAACAUGCCAGGGAUGGUGACACACAUCAAAGCACCUGAACAGCAAGUAAAAAAUAUCUUGAAUGAACUCUUCCAGAGGGAGAACCGUGUGCUGCAUUAUUGGACCAUGCGUAAAAGGCGUCUUGAUCAGUGCCAGCAGUAUGUGGUGUUUGAAAGAAGUGCCAAACAGGCUCUGGAAUGGAUUCAUGACAAUGGAGAGUUUUAUUUAUCCACACAUACUUCCACUGGUUCCAGUAUCCAGCACACUCAAGAGUUGUUGAAAGAACAUGAAGAGUUUCAGAUCACAGCAAAGCAAACCAAAGAGAGGGUGAAGUUGUUGAUACAGCUGGCUGAUGGCUUUUGUGAAAAAGGGCAUGCUCAUGCAACAGAGAUUAAAAAAUGUGUCACAGCAGUGGAUAAGAGGUACAGAGACUUUUCCCUGCGCAUGGAGAAAUACAGGACCUCUUUAGAGAAAGCUCUGGGUAUUUCCUCAGAUUCCAAUAAAUCGAGCAAAAGCUUGCAGCUGGAUAUAAUCCCAGCCAGUGUCCCUGGGUCAGAGGUGAAACUGCGCGAUGCUGCUCAUGAGCUUAACGAAGAAAAACGAAAGUCUGCCCGCAGGAAAGAGUUCAUUAUGGCUGAGCUAAUUCAGACAGAAAAGGCUUACGUAAGAGACCUCCGGGAAUGCAUGGAUACAUAUCUAUGGGAAAUGACAAGUGGAGUUGAGGAGAUCCCACCUGGUAUUGUAAACAAAGAACACAUUAUCUUUGGAAACAUGCAGGAAAUUUAUGAGUUCCACAAUAACAUAUUUCUCAAGGAGUUGGAAAAAUAUGAACAGUUACCAGAAGAUGUUGGACAUUGCUUCGUUACUUGGGCAGACAAAUUCCAGAUGUACGUUACCUACUGUAAAAAUAAGCCAGAUUCCACUCAGCUGAUAUUAGAACAUGCGGGAGCAUACUUUGAUGAGAUACAACAACGACAUGGACUGGCCAACUCUAUCUCCUCUUACCUUAUCAAACCUGUCCAAAGGAUAACAAAAUACCAGCUUCUUUUAAAGGAGCUGCUCACGUGCUGUGAAGAAGGUAAAGGUGAGAUUAAGGAUGGCCUGGAGGUGAUGCUUAGUGUGCCAAAGCGAGCCAAUGAUGCCAUGCACCUCAGCAUGCUGGAAGGCUUUGAUGAAAAUAUAGAAUCUCAGGGAGAGCUCAUCCUUCAAGAAUCCUUCCAAGUGUGGGACCCAAAAACUCUGAUUCGAAAGGGAAGAGAGAGGCACCUUUUCCUUUUUGAGAUGUCCUUGGUUUUCAGUAAAGAAGUGAAGGACUCGAGCGGAAGGAGCAAGUACAUUUACAAGAGCAAACUGUUUACUUCUGAAUUGGGUGUCACAGAACAUGUAGAAGGAGACCCCUGCAAGUUUGCUCUGUGGGUUGGAAGGACACCAACUUCAGACAACAAAAUUGUUCUCAAGGCAUCCAGUAUAGAGAAUAAACAGGACUGGAUCAAACACAUCCGGGAAGUGAUACAAGAAAGGACUAUUCAUCUGAAAGGAGCAUUGAAAGAGCCCAUCCACAUUCCCAAAACUGCACCAACAACAAAACAGAAAGGAAGAAGAGAUGGCGAGGACCUGGACAGUCAGGGAGAUGGCAGCAGCCAGCCUGAUACUAUUUCAAUUGCCUCACGAACCUCCCAGAACACGCUAGACAGUGAUAAGUUGUCUGGUGGGUGCGAGCUGACUGUGGUGAUCCACGACUUCACCGCCUGCAACAGCAACGAGCUGACAAUCCGCCGUGGGCAGACAGUGGAGGUCCUGGAGAGGCCCCAUGACAAGCCCGACUGGUGUCUGGUGCGAACCACAGAUCGCUCCCCAGCUGCGGAAGGCCUGGUCCCCUGCGGGUCCCUCUGCAUCGCCCACUCUCGCAGCAGUAUGGAGAUGGAGGGCAUUUUUAACCACAAAGACUCCCUUUCGGUCUCCAGCAAUGAUGCCAGUCCUCCCGCUUCCGUAACGUCACUUCAGCCCCACAUGAUCGGUGCUCAAAGCUCCCCGGGCCCCAAGCGCCCUGGCAACACCUUGAGGAAAUGGCUCACCAGUCCCGUGAGGCGCCUGAGCAGUGGCAAAGCAGAUGGGCACGUCAAAAAACUGGCCCACAAGCAUAAGAAGAGCAGAGAGGUGCGUAAGAGUGCCGAUGCAGGCUCUCAGAAGGACUCCGACGACAGUGCAGCGACCCCACAAGAUGAAACUGUUGAAGAGAGAGGUCGGAACGAGGGGCUGAGCAGUGGCACUCUCUCCAAGUCAUCCUCUUCAGGCAUGCAGAGCUGCGGAGAGGAGGAGGGCGAAGAGGGAGCAGAUGCUGUGCCACUCCCGCCUCCCAUGGCAAUUCAGCAACACAGUCUUCUCCAGCCCGACUCGCAGGAUGACAAGACAUCUUCUCGACUGUUGGUGCGGCCAACAAGCUCUGAGACGCCCAGUGCUGCAGAACUCGUCAGUGCCAUUGAAGAGCUCGUCAAAAGUAAAAUGGCUCUGGAGGACCGUCCAAGUUCCUUGUUGGUAGAUCAAGGUGACAGCAGCAGUCCGUCCUUCAACCCUUCAGAUAAUUCCCUUCUAUCCUCCUCGUCACCCAUAGAUGAGAUGGAGGAAAGGAAAUCCAGCUCCUUAAAAAGACGACACUAUGUCUUACAGGAAUUAGUGGAGACAGAGCGAGAUUAUGUGCGAGAUCUGGGCUAUGUAGUUGAGGGUUAUAUGGCACUUAUGAAGGAAGAUGGUGUACCUGAUGAUAUGAAAGGCAAAGACAAGAUUGUAUUUGGAAACAUUCACCAGAUUUAUGACUGGCACAGAGACUUCUUUUUAGGAGAGUUGGAGAAGUGCCUUGAAGAUCCAGAAAAGCUGGGAUCCCUGUUUGUUAAACAUGAGAGGAGGUUGCACAUGUACAUAGUUUACUGCCAAAACAAACCAAAGUCUGAGCACAUUGUCUCAGAAUACAUUGAUACGUUUUUUGAGGAUCUAAAGCAACGCCUGGGCCACAGACUUCAGCUCACAGACUUGCUAAUAAAACCUGUGCAGAGAAUUAUGAAAUACCAGCUGUUACUAAAGGACUUCCUCAAGUAUUCUAAAAAAGCUAAUCUUGACACAACAGAACUAGAGAAAGCUGUAGAGGUCAUGUGUAUAGUACCAAAACGGUGUAAUGACAUGAUGAAUGUUGGCCGCCUGCAAGGAUUUGAUGGUAAAAUUGUAGCCCAGGGUAAGCUCCUGCUCCAGGACACAUUCUUGGUUACAGACCAGGAUGCAGGACUUCUGCCACGCUGCAAGGAAAGACGGGUCUUCCUGUUUGAGCAGAUUGUAAUUUUCAGUGAGCUGCUAGAUAAAAAGAAAGGUUUCUCCAUGCCCGGAUUCUUGUUUAAAAACAGUAUCAAGGUGAGUUAGAUUUCUCUGGAGGAAAAUGUGGACAGCGAUCCAUGUAAAUUUGCACUAACAUCAAGAGCGGGCGAUGUCACGGAGACCUUUAUUUUGCAUUCUGCCAGUCCCGGAGUCCGCCAGUUAUGGAUCCAUGAAAUUAACCAAAUUUUGGAAAACCAGCGCAACUUUUUAAAUGCCUUGACGUCCCCGAUCGAGUACCAGAGGAACCACAGCAGUGGUGGAGGCGGCGGCGGGAGCAGCAGCGGUAACAGCGGUGGCCCCAGCAGCUGUAGUGGCAUCCCCAGCUCCAGCCGUAGCCGGCCAUCCCGGAUCCCCCAGCCUGUCAGACACCAUUCCCCAGUCCUGGUCUCCUCUGCAGCCUCGGCCCAAGCAGAGGCAGACAAGAUGUCAGGUAUGUCCAUUCACAAUCACUCCCUGCCACACUACAACACCUCUUUAGAAACUGGCCUGAGCCAGCCAGACAGGCACCCUCCCAGUGCAGAGCCGGAUGGUCCUCAGAGAGAAGCUGAACAGAUUCCCAAGAUGAAAGUUAUUGAAAGUCCCAGGAAGACAGCAGGAAACAUUUCUGGCUCAGCUGAUGGAGCCCAGAAAGACUCACGUGGAAUCUCAGAGGACAGUCGAACAAGAAACAGCAUAGGAUCACUGACGCUUGGGAAGCCAAGGCCAGGAGCCAUAUCUCCAAUGAACUCUCCUCUGUCCACGACUUUCCCUUCUCCUUUUGGCAAGGAAACCUUUCCACCCAGCAGCCCCCUGCAGAAGGGCUCCUUUUGGAGCUCCAUCCCAGCAUCCCCUGCCAGCCGCCCUGGCUCCUUCACUUUCCCUGGGGACAGUGACUCCCUCCAGCGGCAGGUCCACCGCCACUCUUCACACAGCAAGGACACAGACCGCAUGAGCACAUGCUCCUCGACCAGCGAGCAGUCAGUUCACUCCACCCAGAGUAAUGGGAGUGAAAGUAGCAGCAGUAGCAAUAUCUCCACCAUGCUGGUGACACACGAUUACACGGCAGUGAAGGAGGAUGAGAUAAAUGUCUACCAAGGAGAGGUCGUGCAGAUUCUAGCCAGCAACCAACAGAACAUGUUUUUGGUGUUCAGAGCCGCCACCGAUCAGUGCCCCGCAGCCGAGGGCUGGAUUCCCGGCUAUGUCUUGGGGCAUACCAGUGCAAUCAUCAUUGACAACCCUGAUGGAACCAUCAAGAAGUCAACGUCUUGGCACACAGCACUCCGAUUAAGGAAGAAAUCUGAGAAAAAAGAUAAAGACGGCAAAAGGGAAGGCAAGCUAGAAAAUGGUUAUCGCAAAUCCCGAGAAGGACUUGCCAACAAGGUUUCUGUUAAACUUCUCAACCCCAAUUACAUUUAUGAUGUUCCCCCAGAGUUUAUAAUUCCAUUGAGUGAGGUAACAUGUGAGACAGGAGAGACCAUCGUUCUUAGGUGUAAAGUCUGUGGUCGCCCCAAGGCUUCAGUUACUUGGAAAGGUCCUGAUCAUAAUACACUGAGCAAUGACGGUCAUCACAGCAUUUCCUACAGUGACUUGGGAGAGGCGUCGCUGAAGAUCGUUGGCGUCACUGCGGAAGACGAUGGUAUCUACACGUGCAUAGCUGCAAACGACAUGGGUUCGGUUUCAUCCUCCGCCAGUCUACGAGUUUUAGGUCCUGGAAGUGAUGGGAUCAUGGUCAUCUGGAAAGACAACUUUGAUUCCCACUAUAGUGAAGUGGCUGAGCUUGGCAGGGGCAGAUUUUCUGUCGUUAAGAAGUGUGACCAGAAGGGAACCAAGCGAGCAGUAGCCACUAAGUUUGUGAAUAAGAAGUUGAUGAAGCGAGACCACGUUACCCAUGAACUUGGAGUCAUGCAGAAUCUCCAGCAUCCCCAGCUCAUUGGCCUUCUCGAUACCUUUGAGACCUCCACCAGCUACAUACUAGUGUUAGAAAUGGCUGACCAGGGUCGCCUUCUGGACUAUGUCGUGCGAUGGGGAAACCUCACAGAAGGGAAGAUCAGACUCUACCUGGGAGAGAUUCUGGAAGCUGUGCAGUAUCUUCAUAACUGCAGAAUAGCACAUUUGGACCUAAAGCCUGAAAAUAUUUUGGUGGACCAGAGUUCCACUAAGCCAACAAUAAAACUGGCUGACUUUGGAGAUGCAGUCCAGCUCAAUACCACAUAUUAUAUCCACCAGUUACUUGGAAACCCAGAGUUUGCAGCUCCUGAAAUUAUUCUUGGAAAUCCUGUUUCACUCACUUCAGAUGUUUGGAGCAUUGGAGUGCUAACUUAUGUCCUUCUUAGUGGCGUCUCUCCUUUCCUGGAUGAAAGCGUAGAGGAAACUUGCCUGAAUAUUUGCCGCUUAGACUUUAGUUUCCCAGAUGACUACUUCAAAGGAGUUAGCCAGAAGGCCAAAGAUUUUGUAUGCUUCCUACUUCAGGAUGACCCAGCUAAGCGUCCCUCGGCUGCACUGGCCCUCCAGGAGCAAUGGCUGCAGCUGGGGAAUAGCAAAAGUGCUGACAGCAUUGAUAUAUCCAGACUGACUUCGUUCAUUGAGCGGCGAAAACACCAGAAUGAUGUUCGACCCAUCCGUAGCAUUAAAAACUUCUUACAGAGCAGGCUCUUGCCAAGAGUUUGACCUUGCUUGAAGUUCUCUCUCAUUCUCUUUCACCUGCCAAUCAAUCAGACUGGAGAUGGACUCCUCCUGCCAAUCAAUCAGACUGGAGAUAGACUCCUCCUGCCAAUCAGCUGUUGACUUGAAUUUUGAGGAAAGCAAACCCCAAGCCAACCAGCUGCUAGUGAAUGUUCGUGUGCAAAUGCAUUCCACAGGGACCCGCGCAGGGCGGCGCGGGGGACUGGAGAUGCAGACUUCACGGGGGUGGAGGACAAUAGCACUGUACUCUGCAAAAAGCAGUCACAAGCGAUACAGCAACAGUAUUUUAUUCAGGUUUCUGCAAAAAAAAAUAGUUUUUUUAAUAAACAAGAGUUGAAUUUUGCAAGUGAACUUAGCUACCGUUUUCAAGAUUUAUUCAAGGAAGAAAUGCCUAUGUUUAAAGCACUGGUGUUAAACAAAAAUCAGAUCAUGCCUGGAGAAGACUCACUAAAAUGGCUGCCCAUUGGUACGGCCUCCAUUUAUAACAUCUGAUUUUCACUUGGUCCUAGAGCUUUCCAGUUGCCUCGCCUGUAUGUAUCUCACGUAGCAGUGCACUGAGAUCAGACUCUGCUUUUAAGUGCAUCCAACCUCAAAAGAUUUUGCAUACAAAUAGAAUGAAUUGUUUUGCUCUGAUAAAAUGUAGGCCUUACUUGUAUAUAGACUGUUACCUGCCUUCGGUCUGUAAUUUUUUUUCCCUCUCCUCUCAUCCUUUUUUCCUCCCUCCUUCCUAAAUGGUGGUAUACCACUGUGCGGGUCUUCAGUUUGGGUCAGUAGUCACUGUCCCCCUAGAAAAGAACUUUGGGUUGGUGCCCAGCUUGCUGACCCAAUUGUCAAGCAGUAUACAGCAGGAUGAAAUACUGUAAAUGCACUCAUUUGGGAUUUUGUUUUCUUUCAUAUCAUGUGCAAUGUUGUGGCUUUAACAUUUUAUGCAACUAUUUAUGAGGACCUCUGUUGUAACUGUAAUAAAUAUAUAGAAAAAGCACAUAGUACGGCGAGCUUUAUGGUUUUGUUUGUGUGACUGGGGGUUCUGGGUGGGCAUGGGCGGGUGUGUUGUACCACACUGUCAUUAUUAGUUUAAGAUGAGGAUUAGCAUGGAAUUUAGUCAAGACUAGUCAGUUUUAAGGAUUGUUAAAAAGAAGAAAAAUUAAGAGAGAGAGAGAGAUUAGUAUCCCAAAUGUCAAACUGGUUAAGAAGUAGAGUGACACUUUUUAAAAUUAUUACUAUUAUAUUUAAAAUGCCAAAGUCUGACUUUCCCCAAAUCAGUCUCAACACUUAACUACUUUUUAGAAUUUUCAAAUCUGUUUUUUUACUUCUUUCUGUGAAAUGAACAAAUUAAUCUUGUGGUCUUUGGUGAAGAAUACAUUUGGCAAGUAGCAGUGAGAUGAGGAGAAUUGGACAUGUAAUGUAAUUGUCUUAGUAACUGUUUUUAAGGUUGAAGUAAUAUUAGCGUGAGAUAUUUAAAAAGACAGAGAUGGUUUUCUGUGCAUCACUGAGUUCAUGUGGGUGUGUUGUCAUCUUUGUUUGUGUGAAAUGCCAUGUUUAAGGAAACCAAGCCGACAUCCCACAAGAGUUAGAUAUAUGGGUGUUAAGCCAUAACCUAGCUUGGGUUAGUUUUGAGCUUUGUGGCUUCCACUGAAUCCUAUUUAUUCUUUUUUUUUUUUUGUUUUUUUGGUUUUUUGGUUUUUUGGUUUUUUUUUUUUUUGUAAAGUUGUACAGAAACUUUUUAAAAGAAAACAACUGACUUCGAAACUGGAUGUGUAUUCGUUAUUCGUACCAACCUCAUAUCAUUAUGUUUGUGUAUUAUUUUCCUUUAUUGUUUUAGUUAAAUUUUUGCUUUAUUUUGCAUGUAUAUUUCUUUGUACAGUGAUGUUACAUGUUUACACAGUAUGACAUGAUGUAAAUAUUUUAUUUUGCCAUCAGUUAUUUUGAAAAAAAUUAAACAUAUUUGACAUAAUUGUCUGAUCUCUUGCUUUAAGAAGUUUGACGGUUUAGGUUUGGCUAUAUUUUAAUUUGGCUCUGUUAUUUUUUUAAAAAGUAUGUUCUUUUAUUGCCAUAAAAUUCAUUUUAAAUUGCAAUGAUGUAUCUUUCCUUCAUGCCUUACAAAAUAAUAUUUGCCUUUGCUUUAAGUGUUGAUUGCUUUGUAAUGUCAUGAAUGCUUUUAUAUAAAACAUG